AUGACCGACUCUCAGGCGUUCACGCAGCUCGAGGAAGGAUUCUACAAUGACCCGUCCCAACUAUCACAGGCGCUCAGGCAGCGCGCAGGCAGUGAGCUGGGCCUUCACUUUACCACCUCCACCGAGAGCCACAAUUCACUCGUCUCCGCGCCCGCAUCGACCUUUUCCGUGCCGCCACACCCACUGCUCGGCGCGCCACAGCUGUUCCCCGGCGUUGCAGCUGCUGUACGUGAACACGAACAAGGUCCGUUCACACGACGCGCCCCGACCGCGAACCAUGUCGAGCCUGGCACCGCGAAACACAACAGCGCACCCAUAAGCACGAGCGCGAGCACGGCGCCAAUGACGGACGCGGCCAUUGCACCCAGCAUGUACCACAGCUUUGCUGGCAUGGACGCCCCAGGCGACACACAGCCAGACAGCCAGAUGCACAGGGAAUGGACGAGCGGCAUCUUUGGCACGGCAGAAACCACCACGCGCAUGCCAAGCCCCAGGUCAGGCCCCAAAUCACUCUUUGCCGAGCACGACGACCAAGACGACGCGGAGCCCCUCACCGACGGCCUCCAGGUUGUCGAGUCCAGCCAGGUCCAGCAGGACGUCAUCAUCACGAGCCCCACCGCCCUGGAGGACGACCGCAGCCCAUACGUGCGGACUGAGCAAGCCUUCACCAGUCCGCUCAAGUUCGAGACUCCAGCAGUCGCCGGCAGGAAACGCGACAGCUCAGGGCACAUGUUGAGCUCGACUGCUGCGGUCGAGACCACCCCAGACACCCUUGCAUCUGCACCUGCAUCAGCAUCCGCGUCAGCGUCGGCGUUUGGGGGUGCAUUCGGAAGAUCAGGCAUCGGGCAGCCGCUGUCGUUAACCCAGGCCUUCGACCUGACCCAGGCACGCACUUCGCCUGUUGUCGCUGGGACCGAAGACCCAAUCUUUCAACGACCCUCUCCCAACUUCAAAAAUGUGCGCCACUCGAGUCCUAUCCCCGCUCUCUCCAGCCCUAUCACAGUCAUGCGAAACGAGCGGUCCGACCCUAUCGUACGGUCGUCGAGCGAACCACGGUCCGAAUACGUGACAGUCAAGGAGUCGCAAGAGAGGCGCAAGCACAGAAAGGGGCCGCAGCGCGUAAUGCUCGUCCGGGAAGACAGCUGGGAGGAGCUUACAGCGGCCCAGAAGCGCAUGCAGCGUCAAAGACAGAAGGAGCAAUCUCACCGCGAGGCUGGCCUAUCCUUGUCGAAUAUCUCAGCACCAGCGAGCGACAAGUCACGCGUCGCUCGCAAGCGUAAGGAACACGCCCAGUGUCCACCGACAGCUCAGCACAAUGUCUUGCGCCACAUGUGGCACGAUGGGGUGCAGGAAGAUGAGGACCUGGCAAUGAACGACCCUACACAGCAUCUAGCACCUGAAGGAGACGAGGCCGAGCAUUCGCCUGACGAAUUCUCUCAAGAUGUCGCUGUCGCUGCACAGGCCCCGAUGAGAUACCAUGGUCUGGAAAACGGCGUGCAGGUGCCGAAAACAUCUUCACACCCCCAACGUACGCAGCCAGAGCACGCAUCUGGCAUCGGUUCCUGCCGUGGUAGUCCUUCGUCUCAGCGCCAACGCGAGUCUCCCAUACAAGCGCCGGCGUCACGAUCCAUCCUCCGAGCUGUACCCCAUAGCAGCAGAGGAUCUGUCGCUAUAAUGGACUCCCAGCCCGAUGUAAAUGUGCGUCCUGAGAGACUCUCUCGGCCGCCCGAUCUCACCCGCUUUCCUUCGUCUCCCUCGAUAAAUCAAUAUAGCAUCAAUCAAACUACCCUAGCGUCCAAGACAGGAUAUACAAGUCAGAUGAUAUCUUCGUCCAUGAUACAGAUGCCUCCACAAAUGAGUCCGGAAGGUGAGGAAGACGUAGAAGACGAAAAGACACCCGAAGAGGAGGAGCGAGUGCCUAGUAGUCCUCCGAUCUUGACGGACGAACUUACAUACGAUGAGCAUACAUAUGAUGAACAUCCGGAUGGAGGCGAAGACAAUGGAGUCGGCGAAGCGGCUGCAGGCGGGGAAGAUGUGCUUAUGGAAGACGAAGACGAACUUCCCGUCGCAGAGCCAGAGCUAAACGAUAAAGUGGGGCCAGCAGUCGAGGCCGGCAGGGUCAAGGGUAACCGGGACGAGGAAAUUGAAUCGGACUUGGUUCACCCCAUGAAAGUGGAUGCCGGGACUGACCAAGAGAGACCAGAGACCCUGCAGGGAAGCCAUCCGGACGAGACAGACAAAUACGACGUGACAAAACCUACUGAGGACGUCAAAGCUGAAGGACGAAAGGGCGCUGCAAAGCCUACACCUAGCUUGCAGCGUCAGAACACGAUUCCUGAAACAGACACUUUGGACGAGACACAACCUUCUUACUUUGAGGAGGAGGCUCUUGCAGUACAAGAAGAGGAUUCGCCUGCUCAGACCGCCCAAAGUGGAAAAGCGGUGCAAAAAGAUACGGAGCCAUUUGAGACUGCGCAAGAGCAGCGAACAACACCACAAUCACACAUGCUCGCUCUAGCUAGCUCGAGAGACGAAGGUAGCGAUCCAGUUCACAGUGUAAGCCGCAUACGUUCCUUACACGACAUCGCGAAUCUUCCAGCGACACAGCUUUCAGCAGCCGAGGAGGAUAUUGAAAUUCCUUGUCUUAGUGGCUAUGAUGACGCCGACGGCGAUACACACAUGAUCAGCUCCGUACCAGCCACUCCCGCCUUGAAGAGACGGAAGACUACACAUGCAGCGAAGAGCAGUGUCUUUCGCAGCCUUGACAAGACAGUCGUGGUUGCGGAAGAGCAGGCUCCGCCAUUGCUUCCUAAGCAGAUACAGCAAACGCGUGAGGACACACCUUCGACUGCGUCUGCACAAGGCUGUGAGGAACAAGACGCGCUUGCUGUAGCACAAGCUAGAGAAGAGGUGCAGAUGCUGGCGUACGGUCGGCCAGCAGCAUUGAAGUCGAGAGCUCCGUCUCGACUGGCGAGACCUCAAACCAGCAAGAAAGGUUCUUUGAAGUCAGCUAGAGCUGCCAUUGCCACAAUGUCGUCGCCCAUUAACUCACCCUCAAAGCCGAAGGCACCAAGUACCAUACGGCAAACCACGGCCACGACCCCCAGUCGCAAGAUUGCCGAACCAACCAGAAACUCGAUUGAUGUCGAGAUGCGCGAUGCUGAAGAAAGUGCUGAUGAGCUUGCUAGCUCGCCGCCACCUUCUGCAACACGACUUCCUGUCCGACUGACGCCUAGGAAGUUAGAGACUCAUUCGGAAGAGGUUGUCGUACCGAAUCGUGUUUUUGCAUCGUGGCCAGGCAGUCAUUUCUACCCUGCCACUUGCCUUGGUCGCUCAGACUCCAAACAGCUUCAAAUCCGUUUCGAUGAUGGCAACACGACGUCUCUGGAUGCUUUCCAGGUACGGCCGCUCGACCUCCGACCAGGUGACCAGGUCAAAGUCGACGAGCCCGGAAUGAAGAAACACACCUACGUGGUCGUUCGUCUGGGCGAUAAAUGCGGUGAUCUGGAAAAGCACGAGUUUCCGUUGACCGACCGCUACGGACAUGUCACUGCCACACUCGAGGAGAAACAGAGGGACAGUCUGCCCGCAGCGAAAGCGCCUCAUGCAACAAAGCAGGUCUCGGUGCAUAUCGCCAGCAUCUAUCUGACCACACAGCUUUGGGGUCGCUUACGCGAUCGAUCCUUCCAACUGUCGGCGCCACCCUCUCCAAGCAAAUCCGCUCCUCGACUGGACACACCAACCACAACCGAAGCACUGACUACGCCAUCUUUCACCCGCCGAGGCCUUGCAGCACCCUCGUUGCUGAAGGAUGCAACAAAUCGUGCUGGUUCAGUUGCUUCGAGUCGAUCAGGCAGUGGUACCUUCUCGAACAUGGCUUUCGUCUUGACAUCUACCGGUGACGGUAUGGACAAAGAUACCGUUGCGCGGGCCAUCAAGACUAAUGGCGGACGUGUUUUGGAGCAAGGCUUUCACGAGCUGUUCGACACCCAGUCCAUCGAGCUAACAGCUUCUCAAAGCCGUCGGACAUCAGUCUCCACCAUCGAUGAGGCAGGUGUACUGGCUCUGAAAGAAGAGUACAGAAAGCUUGGUUUCGUGGCACUGAUCACCGAUUCGCACUCCCGCAGCACCAAAUAUCUUCAGGCACUUGCUCUAAACGUCCCUUGUCUACACCUGCGCUGGGUGAACGACUCGCUCUCAGCUACUCGCGCACUCUCUUUCGCGCGGUACCUGCUGCCGGCCGGAGUAUCGAAGUACCUCGACCCCAACGGCAUCGUACGAUCGCGAGCCAUGCGCAUCUACGACCCUUCCAGUGAUGAUGUGUCUUUCGAGAAGACCUUUGAAGCCCGCGACCUGCUGUUCAAGGGACAAUCCGUACUGCUCGUCACCGGCAAAAGCAAAAAAGAGAUCGAGAAGCGCCAGCCUUUCAUCUUCCUUACUCACGCGCUGGGGUCUGCGAAUAUCGGGCGCUGUGCAGAUCUCGCUGCCGCCACACAGCUACUCGCCCAGGGCCAAUGGGACUGGGUAUACGUCGACAGCGACCAAAGCAGUCUCGCCGACGCUGCAGCCGAGUUAUUUGGCGCCGGCGCGCCGGCCAAGAGCGCAAAGAGCAGUUUCAAAAAGACCAAGAAGAGAAAGAGAGAGGAUGGCGAGGCAGACGAGCUCCUGGCAAAGGGAGAGCUCGCCGGCCGGAAAACCAGAAUUGCGAGCGCCGAGUUCGUCAUCCAGAGCUUGAUCCUCGGUGCCCUCGUCGACGAGUAA